GGGAUACUAACACAUUAAUAAAAAAGCGCUGCUGCUUUUAUAUUUACGUCUUCCCGUCAACAAACCAACGCACCUUGAUACUUAUUCCUUGGCACUGAUCUGCGUCAUGAGCCAGCCUGCGAUCGCAGACGCUGCUAAAGCUGCACUUAAAGAUGCAUCGAAAUACUUGUUUUUCGACGGGCAAGGGACAGUAUUAGCGUCCAACUUCACGGCUGAACCAAAUGAGCUUAAACCGCUUGAGGCGCUCUUUACUGACCGCGACGAGGCGGUUAAGAAUGGCAUGGUAGUGCUUGGGACACGCUACGAGGUACACCGCCACCACCCGCCCCUAGUCUACGGUCGCACCAUGGGCGGUGUGCCCGAGCAGAGCGAGGGGUGCGCCGUGUGCAAGGUGGAGAAGGGACUCGGAGGGCAAGCCUGCUAUGGGCUCAUCAUAUACCAGAUGCCCAACAUCUCAGCUCGCAUGGUUCCCAUGCUGCAGAAGUUCUGCCAGGAGCAGCUAGAAGCAAAGUAGCGGGCCUAACAGGGAUAGCAGGGAUAUGGGAAUAGGCGGAAUGUAUUUGUGUUGAGCGAGAGGGCCAGGGAAUCCGGGGCAGAGAGCUUGUUGUGUGGGGGCUAAGCCCUGCACACAACGGUGCAUAGUAACAGACGAUGGCGUUGGGCGUGGAUCAGCGGCGGCACCUCACAGAACAACGCGCUCAUUCGCAGCCGGUCCAAUUAGCGAUGGCCGUGUUACUCGGGACGUGGCCUACCAUGGCGAGUCUGGGUGUUUCACAGGGCGUGUGAACUUUGCAUGUCUUUCUUCCUUGAAGUGCUAAGUGCGAAUGAGAGCCUGGCGGACUAGAC